UCCCCAUCCCCUCUUCUCUGUUUCCACCGAGCAACUGCUGGGAUGGUGAUUGGGUAGCUGGAGGGGCCAAGACUCAGUUCCCCUGCCCCAGCCUCGGCGUAGUGGGUGGGACUCAGCCCAGAGCCGGUUUUGCACACGCAGAUUUCUGUGCGCUUCUACACGUUCGCCUAGCGAGACCCAAGGCCAAAGGCGGACAACCGCCAGAGAACCGCCGCAAGCGACCCACACCUGCCGGAAGGGGGCCGCUGCUGGCUGCCAAAGGACCCUGAGUGACCAUGUGCAAGGCGCGCCCUGGAGCUGCUGUAGAUCCUAAACGCUGUCCAGAGAUCUGGGAGGUCACCGAUGGGAAUUAGCAAGAAGCCAACAGGAGACAAUGGCACGGGGAAUGGACACCCUGGGAAAAGGAAGUUGGGCAGACCAAGGAAAACUUCUUAAUCCCAAAACAAUUUCCAGAAACCUCAGUCACCAGUGUCCUUGAUCUGAUUGUGGCUUCUAUUUGUCAUCCCACAUACGAAGACCAGCUCACCAGAACGAGAUCCACAGCAGAGUGAGGCCACCAACACCAUGUUCUGUACAAAGCUGAAGGAUCUCAAGAUCACAGGGGAGUGUCCUUUCUCGUUACUGGCUCCAGGGCAGGUUCCUAAGGAUCCAACAGAAGAGGUAGCAGGGAGCUCAGAGAGCUGCAAAGCCACUCUGCCCAUCUGUCAGGACGUUCCCGAGAAGAACGCACAAGGAAGUCUUCCUAAAAGGAAGACCAGUCGGAGCCGAGUCUAUCUUCACACUUUGGCUGAGAGCAUUUGCAAACUGAUUUUCCCAGAGUUUGAGCGGCUGAACCUUGCACUUCAGAGAACACUGGCAAAACACAAAAUAAAAGAAAGCAGAAAAUCUGUGGAAAGAGAAGACUUUGAAACAAUAAUUGCAGACCAAGCACUUGCCGCAGGAGUUCCUGUGGAGAUCAUCAAAGAAUCCCUCGGUGAAGAGCUUUUCAAAAUAUGUUAUGAGGAAGAUGAGCACAUCCUGGGUGUGGUUGGAGGAACCCUCAAAGACUUUCUAAAUAGCUUCAGCACCCUCCUGAAACAGAGCAGCCCCUGCCAAGAAGCAGAAAAGAAGGGCAGGCUGGAGGAUGCGUCCAUCCUCUGCCUGGAGAAAGAUCAUAACUUUUUAAAUGUUUACUAUUUCUUCCCUAAGAGGACCACGUCCUUGAUUCUUCCCGGCAUCAUCAAGGCAGCAGCUCACAUCUUGUAUGAAAGUGAAGUGGCAGUGUCAUUAAUGCCUUCUUGUGUCCGGGAUGACAGCAGCGAGUUUGUGAAUCAGCCCUAUUUGUUAUACUCAGUUCAUGUCAAAAGCACCAAGCCAUCCCUGUCCCCAGGCAAACCCCAGUCCUCACUGGUCAUCCCUGCUUCUCUCUUCUGUAAGACAUUUCCAUUCCACUUCAUGUUUGACCAGGAUAUGACAAUUCUGCAAUUUGGCAAUGGGAUCAGGAGGCUGAUGAACAGGAGAGACUUCCAAGGAAAGCCUAACUUUGAAGAGUACUUUGAAAUUCUGACUCCAAAAGUCAGCCAAACGUUUAGCGGAAUCAUGACUAUGUUGAAUAUGCAGUUUGUGGUCCGAGUGAGGAGAUGGGACAACUCUGUGAAGAAAUCUUCACGGGUUAUGGAUCUCAAAGGCCAAAUGAUCUACAUCAUUGAAUCCAGUGCAAUCUUGUUCUUGGGGUCGCCCUGUGUGGACAGAUUAGAAGAUUUUACGGGACGAGGGCUCUACCUCUCAGACAUCCCGAUUCACAAUGCAUUGAGAGAUGUGGUCUUGAUAGGAGAACAGGCUAGAGCUCAAGACGGCCUUAAGAAGAGACUGGGGAAGCUGAAGGCUACCCUUGAGCAAGCCCACCAAGCCCUGGAGGAGGAAAAGAAGAAGACAGUUGAUCUUCUGUGCUCUAUAUUUCCCUCUGAGGUGGCGCAGCAGCUGUGGCAAGGGCAAGUGGUGCAAGCCAAGAAGUUCAAUAACGUCACCAUGCUCUUCUCAGACAUUGUUGGGUUCACUGCCAUCUGCUCCCAGUGCUCGCCGCUGCAGGUCAUCACCAUGCUCAAUGCUCUCUACACGCUCUUUGACCGGCAGUGUGGAGAGCUGGAUGUCUACAAGGUGGAGACCAUUGGCGAUGCAUAUUGUGUGGCUGGGGGAUUACACAAAGAAAGUGAUACGCAUGCUGUUCAGAUAGCGCUGAUGGCCCUGAAGAUGAUGGAGCUCUCUGACGAAGUCAUGUCUCCCCAUGGAGAACCUAUCAAGAUGCGAAUUGGACUGCAUUCUGGGUCAGUUUUUGCUGGAGUUGUUGGAGUUAAAAUGCCCCGCUACUGUCUUUUUGGAAACAAUGUCACCUUGGCAAACAAAUUUGAGUCCUGCAGUGUACCACGGAAAAUCAACGUCAGCCCAACCACUUACAGAUUGCUCAAAGACUGUCCUGGUUUUGUGUUUACCCCUCGAUCAAGGGAGGAACUUCCACCGAAUUUCCCCAGUGAAAUUCCUGGAAUCUGUUAUUUUCUGGAAGCGUAUCAACAAGGAACAAAUUCAAAACCAUGGUUCCAAAAGAAAGAUGUUGAAGAUGGCAAUGCCAAUUUUUUAGGCAAAGCAUCGGGAAUAGAUUAACAAACUAUACACUUGGUGUUAGCCUUUGGGGAUUGACUCCUUCAAGCAUUUGUGGAAUCUCUGAAAGCACUUUAGGAUGCAGAUGGUUAAAAAGUGGUAUUAAAAUUUCAGGAGCUGAGUCAUGAUCUACUCUUUCUUCCAUUUAACAGGACAAAAAAUGUAUGCACUUCAAAACUUCAGCUCUUCAAUGAAAAUAAAAACGGAACCUCGAGAAGUAACUUUGGAGGGAUAUUUUUGUUAUAUAACAAUCACUUAUUAUCUGUACUUAAAAUUUAGCACAUUGUACAUAUAUCAGGUAAUUGUAAUGACCUGUACAAUGUGAUGGAGUCACUUGUAUUCUUUGUCCUGGUGGAAUGCCAACUGUGUCUGUGAUAGUGUUGCCUUAACAAAGCUUUUGAAUAGAAAUUAUAGUCUUCAGUGCCAUAAGCUCUUUGAACCUUUAAACUCUGAAUUUUAUUAUACUUUCACAUUUAAUUUUUAACAUAUAUAAAAUAGAUUGAGGUUUUUUCUGUUGCACUUUUCUUUUUUUUCUAUUUUUAAGAAAAUCAAUUAUGGGUUAGAUGCAAUAUGAAUAUAAAAUAGAUCUUCUGUAAAUAUCAAAGAUUAUUUUAUAAAUGUAUUCCCCAUAACAUAAUGUGUCAUUAACAAUAAAUAUUUCCUUUUGUUUGACAUUUUUUAUUCAACAUAUGGUAAAGAUUUUUUCAUUGCUAUUAGCAAUUUAAUUCCUAUUCAUUUCUGUGUUAUAGUAUGUAGAAUAAAAGAGAAUUAAGCCUAUGUUAAAAUGCAAUGAUAUCAUUCUGACUUAUUUUAAUCAGAAGCAACAUGGGAGUAAAGUAAGCAUUUGGGGAACAUAUAAUAAAGUACAGAAAUAAAAUAUUUACACACGCAGAGUAAUUUGGGUCUAUUUCAGCAGACAUAGUCUAUUGCCAUGCUGAGCUUUAUAAAAUUCCGGUAAGAAAAUCUAAGUUCAGAAGUGGGAAAUAAAAAUUGUUCUUUUUUUUGUAAGAGUGCAUUUUUCAAAUAUUUGUAUUGAAUACUUUAGUGUGUGUAUAUUUUCUAAAAAUCAUUAGGGGGUUUGUCUUACUUACUAAAUACACACUUAUGAAUUGUUUUAUUCUAGUUGAAAUAUCUCCAUGAUAUUGUUUAAAGAGAAUGUUAGUGUCAUUGAAGAAAAUUAUGCCGUGAUUUUAUUAUGGAAAAUUUUAAACAUUUUUCUGGAGCUUGAACUUUAAUUUUUAAUGAUGUUAGUCUAAUAUCUUUGGUAAACUAAACCUAAAUAAGGGUUUGAUUUUAAAAGAGCUCAACUUCAAAGCAAGAGAAAGAUGGACAUCAUAAUUUUUAAAUUACUAUUAGCAGAGCCAUAGGUACACUGAAAUUUUAUUUGGAGUUCUAAGAAACAACUCAGCUUGAAAGUUCCUUAAUGAUCUCUAGUAGUUCCCAGGCUACCCCAUGGUGAUCUCAGGAAUAAAAGUAAUUACCAAUUGGCCUCUAAUAUCCUACAUGUACCACUAUAGAUAUUACAAUAAUUAUUACUAAGUACUCUAAUUCCUUGAAGGACUGAAUGUGUCUCAUUAAAUACCAAUCCUAUUGUUGGAAAAUAUCAUAGGUAUUGGGAAAAUAUAGUUAUGUGAUGUUCAUAAAAAUACUUAAAAGGAAAAUAAAGACAAAUACCUUUUUCCUUCUGUAACAGAAAGAAAAAUGAACACCUAUCAUAGGGAAAAUAAUAGAAGUUAAAGGAAAUUUAAAAGCAUAAAAUCAAAUGUCUCCUUUACAGAAAUAUUUAGCAGAUCCUGAUUUCAUAAUAAUUUGUUUUCUUAUUCAGAUUGUUUUUCCUGAGAAUUCCACAAGCUGUUUCUUCUGUUCUGAUUUUGUAUUCAUUCAUGGAUUCUUGCCCCAUUAUUUUGUGUCUAGUUCACAAAAUAAAUUUUCUCUUUAUAGCUAUUUCUCAAGCAAGAAUAGAGUUCCAAUAACAUUUUCUAAAGAUGUUUGCAUCAAGAAGCAAAGAGAAAUGUGAAGCAUCUUCCUUUUUUCCUCAUUGUUUUAUUUCCAUCUAGACUUUGUAAGAAAAGGCAGAGUUUCAUCCUCAAUGAAUAGGUUCACUUACUCAUUCCCAUUUAUAUGAUCAUCAUUUUUUGAAUGACUCCAAUAUGCUAGAAAUAAUGCUGUUUUUGGAAUUCAAAGAUAAAGCAUGAUCCAUUCUAUCCGGAAAGGAAAAUGAAAAGUGAACAUAAGAUAAUUUCAAAAUUCUGUGGGAGCACAAAGUAGGAGACUCAGUGCUUGGAGAAGUGUCCUGAUCUUAGAGGAGUUCAUGAGGCAGAGGGGGAAGGACUCGGUCCAAGCAGGUGCACUAGUACACACAAAGAAAUGCAUCCUUGGGGAUGCAUAGCGUAUCCUGGACGGCAUGUUGCCUGGGGUGAGUUGGAAGUGAGGAAAAUAAGGACAGAAAGUCUAGUUAAAUGCAAAUCCUGAAGAGGGCUGUUUACAUCAAGGUGUGUGAUUUUGACGAUGAUAACAAUGGUCAAUUGUCAUUAUUAAUUUUCAUGGAGCCUUUUGUUCAAAACAAAUCUUACAAACCAGCAAACACAAAAAGAAGCAAAACAGAAAAAAAGCAGACCAUUGGUUUCUGCCUCCCUCCCCAACAGUUUUAAACUAGUAGGCAAGGGAAACAGCAAAUGCUAAAGGAAUAAAUGGGGUGAUCAUAUGUGUGUUUUUGAAAGGCAGUGUCCGAAACAGCAUGGAUAGCUGUGCAUAUUGACUUGCACAGAUGGCCAAAUUGACCUUCUCCUGUGUCUCAGAAGAAAAUGAUUCAUGCUAUAUCCUGGGUGUUUUUACCAGAAGUAUGAACAUAAGCUAGGAUGUCUGGCGUUGGAAUUUCCUAUUACUCUCUAGGUCAUUAGUCCUUCAGAUCCUUUGGUGGGAAAAAGGGAAGAGUUGCUUCAGCAUUUUGCUAGCCUUUCCUUCAAAUUCUUCUCUGUGAUAUUACCAGUCACACCAAGGCAGACUCUUGCAGGCCUGUCCUAUGGUUAGGUUAGAAGCUGUCCUACGAUGGAAAAUGGUGCUCUAGGAAGAGCAGAGGGCACUCAAGUGAAACAGCCUGCCUGUUUCACAUACUCCUGGGCAUAGACUUGGUGGCAUGAGAUUCCCCAACUGGAAACGUGCCCACACAGAGCUUCAUAUACAAAGCUCAUAGGAAGUCUAGGGCCAUAUUAUGCUUGAAAGUCACAUUCAAUUCCUUGUUAAAGCAACAGUUAAUAGUUUUGAAGAGAACAAGUUAACAAAUUGUUGUAGUAGUUUGAAGUCUAUGGAUUUUACCUGGAGAAAUUAAUAAGUGAAAAGGAAUCUCUUUGAUACAUACUGUUGGGGUGGGUUGCUAAAUCACUACCCUUCACUGAACACUAAAAUAUGAAGAGUUUGUUUUGCCUGAUUGUACACUUUGGUGCUGUGUCACUCUUAAAUGGCUGUGCUUACACAGCUAAAUGAAGGCAGAUUUGAAGGGUGGAAAGAUGGGGGAUAUGACUGGACUAGUGGGAGGCAAGUCACCAGAGGGGUUGCAAUUCCUGUAAAGAAGAACUAUAGUCUCCUGCAAAACAAAAACUCAGUUCAGGGGAUAGAAACUUGAUGCAGAUGAGAGAAAAAUGCAAUUCCCUUGUCUAAUCACAGGCUAAAAGCAGGGACGGCUUGCUUUACUAAGCAGAGAACACCCAAAAGUAGCUUUAACCAAGGUUUAUAGUGCUGUGUGUUCUUUGCUGGGAUUCUUCUCAAAUCUUGAGAAAUCUUGGUGAUUUGCAGUGAGAAGUGGAAGAAUCACUCAUGUUGUGAAAGCCAGGAGCUUGGGAAGUAUGAUAGUCCUUUGUGGUCUUCAUUGCCUUGAGCUUCCUUUUUUCUGCAUGUUUGCUUCCAGAUGUUCAGUGUAAUGAGACUCCCUCUUAAAUACUUCUUUUAUUACACUGAUGAUGUGUACUCUUUUGGUAUUCUUCCUUUAAGCCACACCAAACAUUUUACAUUUGACUUUGCCAUCUCUAUUUCUCUUUUUCAUGCAAACUAUUUCCCUAUUUUUUUCACCCAAAUUAUUUUUUUUUGCUUUCUUCUUCAUGUCCCUUUCUUUCCCUAUUCAGUACAUGCCCUCCACAGCAAAACCUUCAUAAAUGCAUAGAUUCUAUUUUUUUAAUUAAAAGGGGGAAACAGUGAUAUUCUAAAAGCCAGUCUUCUUUUAUCAUCAGUAUAGAUUCUUUUGAUCAUCAUAUACUUAGUUUUAGGAAGCUGUUAAUAUUUUAGAUUUAAACACUGGGGUAGAAAUCAGGACAGAAUAUAAAGGACUUAAUCUUAGACAUUUCUGGUGGAAGAUUUUGGAAAAGUUUGUGCUGCUUCUCAAUAAUUUAAUGUCACAGUAUUAAAUUGCCAACACACCUUACCAUUUGCAGAAACUGUUUGUAGUGAGCUGCCUUCUUCCCCAAAUAACUUGUAUCUUGCAAAACUGAAGCAAAUAAAAAUAUAUCAAUAUUUGGGAAUUUAAGUUCCUUCACCUCUUGCCACAUGUAAAUUAAAGAUGCCCUUCAAAAUCUUACAACAGAAAUUAUAUCCACUACUAUAUAGUGGUGUUCUCCAGCUUUUUGGAUUUCUGCAA